AUGUCUACCAACACGCAGCCUAACAACCCCGCACAAUGGCAGAAAUUCAGCCAGACGAAGCCGGUGGACGACAUCCCCAACCAUGAGUCCAAGGACGAAGACAAUGCAAUGGGACCAACGUACCGUUCGAUCUUUCUGGAUGGAACCCCCAUCCUGCAGCAGCUCCCCGGGUACUGUGAGAUCUACACCGACAUCCUGGCAUUGACGGAGCCGGAGAUCCAGAUGUCGGCCGACGAAUUGACCGGGCUCGAAAUCAAUGCGCGGGUGAUCACCGCGGACCAGCCCGUGCAUCUCAAGAUGUCCACGCGGGGAGCCAAAAAGUGCGUCAUGGUGGUUUACGCCGCCAUGCUCGAUCAGCCGAUCAGCGUUUCGAUCGAGGGUGAGCAGCGCACGGAGCUGGACCUGGGAGUGGAUUCCGGCCACCUGCAAGCGGAGAUCAAGUUCGACGAGGGCACGCUGGAGGUCUCGUACCGCGACCGACACGGGGACGACCGGACCCCGGCCUACCAGGCUUUCCUGGACACGGAGCUGCGCGUCGCCCUCGCGGUCUGCUGGUCGUCCCCCGCCGUCGCCAUCUCGAUCUGCGCGUUUGUGGCCAAGUCGGCGGUCACCGCGGGCUCGCAUGCGUUGUCCCAGGCCCAGGCCGUGUCCCUGGGCCAGCAAUUGGCGGCCCAUGCCAUGACCGGGCCCGACUCCUACUAUGCUCCGACCCUCACCUUUGACGAGUAUGUCGUCACGCUGGAGACCCAGCGCCAGGUCGCCGAGUAUUUCCAGGGCCAGUACCAGGACUUUCAGGCCGCCGAGGACCGAGUCGAUGACGCCAAGGCGGCCGGGGAAACCCUUCUGAAAACCGUGCAGAACGAACAGUCAACCCGACUCAAUCUACAGGCGCAAGCCUUGGAUAAAUAUCAGGCGGCAGCAGCUACCGUCAAAGCCUGCGACAAACUGCUGAGUGAUGACGAAGAAGACCUGAGACAUGCACACGACCAGUUCGAAACCGGUCUCGAGGAGUGGAUAAGAAGGCAGACCUUCCUGGCAAUCUGCACCAUCCUUGGUGCCAUCUUUCAAUUUGCGGCCGGAAUCUACGCCAUCGGGAAGGGGUCGGGCGACCCCAGCGCGGUCGAGAAAAUCGUCGACGAUGUGGAGGAGGCCGAAAAAGCGGCCGGGGCGGCGGAAGAUGUCAUCCUCGGCGCCAAAGCCUUCAAGGGGUUGUGGGAAUAUACCAAAGCACUGGGGAAGCUGUAUCCCCACAUUGCCGAUGUUGUCAGCGCCGUGGGCAAGAUUGACCGUCUGGGAGAUCAUGACGACAUUGACCUUCCGGCCUUGAGCGGCGAUGUCUCCGGCGGCGAUGGGACGGAUGCAGACGCCAGCUUGAUCAUGAGUCUGGCCGCGUGGGAUGAGUGGGAGUUGGACUCGGACCAACAGAUGGAAUGGGCCACCUCGCAACAGAAUCCCGCGAUUGACGGCGCCAGUGAGUAUCGCUUGACCCUGCGCAAGCAUGCGGUUCACGGCCGCGCGUUGGCUCAGGCCCAGGCGGAGGCUGUCAAGCAAGGCCAGGAAUAUGUCCAGGCCACCCUCAUGGUGCUCCAGGCCGACCGCGACAUCGAGGCCAUCGACGAACUGCUCGCCCACUACGAGGAAGAGAAGGAUGCAUACGCCCAGGCCGAAGCGAAGUUCUAUGAUCGAUACCUCCAGCUGCGGACCACGCUCGCCAUUCAAUUGCAAUAUGCGGUCGAUGCCUGUCGCUUUUACACUCUGAAAGAACCCGCAGUCGAUCUGGACUCACAGAUGUCUGUGGGCGAGAUAACCGCCUGCAUUGCAGAUCUGCAGGGUGCGAUGCAAGAUGUCGAUAAUCAAUACGCAAAUGGGUACACGCCAACCACUCCUAUCACAUUUUCUGAUGAGUUAGCAUCCAAUUUCCCCGAGACGGUGGUCGCCGGCCUGAAGAGCAGUGAGCAAGGGUAUAGUGCCACGUUCACGCUACUGCCCAUGCCAGGCGCCAACUACGACCCCGGCCCGGAGAACUACGCAUACCCCUUCACAGGGGGAUUCCACUACCGUCUGAACGGCCUGGAGCCUCGCUUGAUCGGCGUGAAACCCCUGCCCGACGCGGUGCACGAUGGCCGCGCGUUUGUCCAGUUCCGCAUCGAAACCUCCGGGACCUAUUCGGAUCUCGGGUAUGACCCCGACACGAAGGAGUUCAAGGUCUGGCAUUUUGUCAGCAAGCCCCGACAGAACCGCUAUCUCUACGAGAUUGACGAGUCGGGCGCUUGGCUCCGCGACGUGGACCGAGCCACGUACGAUGAUCACGAGCACGCGCAACCUCCGCCAUUUACCCUCUGGAAGCUCACUCUUGAGAACCCCGAAGACCUGGAUUUGAGCACACUGGACAAACUGGAGCUACACUGGGACGCGUUCUACCGGCCGGUCUUUUCAUUAUGAUCUUCUUGUGGUUGUCUCACUACCGUUGCAUCCUGUUCU